CACGCGCGCACACUCUCUCCCACCCGCACACACAUCACUGCGCUCCCUCCCUCUCCUCUCUCAUUCAUUCAUUCACACGCGCGCACCGCGCACCACACGAAGCAGCCAGCAGCUGUAGCCCAUUGCCAACUGCAUUUUCCUUGCGCGCGCGUGUGUGUGUGUCUCUCUCUGUCUGUCUGCAUGUGCCUCCUUGCGUUAUCAUCCUCCACACACACGCAGCGCGUGUUGACUGCACUGCGCUAUGGCUCCCGUGGACAGCACGCGAGGCUACUGGGGACCGCCCACCGCCACUCUUGACUGGUGCGAAGAGAAUUACGUGGUCAGCGUGUACGUCGCAGAAUUCUGGAACACGGUGAGCAACGUGGUGAUGAUCGUCCCGCCGCUCUACGGGGCACUGCACACGCUGCGCUCCGGCCUCGAGAGACGAUACAUCGCCGCCUUCCUCGGCCUGGCCGUCGUUGGGAUCGGGUCCUGGUGGUUUCACAUGACUCUCCUCUACCACAUGCAGCUGCUGGACGAGUUGCCGAUGAUCUACAGCUGCUGCAUCUUCGUCUACUGCCUCUACGAAUGCUUCAAGCCCAAGAACACGCACAACUACCCGCUGGCGGGGCUGCUGUGCGCCUACAGCCUGCUCGUCACGGCGGUCUACCUGUCCUGGAAGGAACCCGUCUUCCACCAGGUGAUGUACAGCAUCCUGGUGGCUGCGGUGGUGUUUCGAGCUGCGUAUAUCGUCACCUGGGUCUACCCGCAGCUGCGCCCGCACGCGUACACGUUCGUCGGGGUGUUCCUGGCGGGGUUCGUGCUCUGGAACGUCGACAAUAUCUUCUGCAGCACCUGGAGGGAUGUUCGCGGCAGAGUGAAAGUGCCCGUCCUGGGAGCGGUCACGCAGUUCCACGCGUGGUGGCACAUCCUGACGGGACUGGGGUCGUACCUGCACAUUCUGUUCAGCCUCCACACCAGGGCCGUCCACUUGAAGUGCAAGCCUCGGCUCAGGUUCCUUGCCGGAGUGUGGCCGGUGAUGGAGGUGGACGCGCCGAAACAUCUCUGAACUUCAAGGAGAGUCGGCGAUGGUGGGGGCGUGGGGACUUUGUUGGUGUCUUUUAUUUUAUUUUAAAUUCUUGCGCGUUGUUUUGCGUGCGUGCGUUCCGAGCGCGUUCUACACACAGCGUGAGCGUGCGUCAUUAAAACGGGCACUCGUCGUCGGUGUGCGUCCUAUCACGGAGCCUACACAAAAAGCAAUAAACGGCGAAUCGUGGCGGAGGACAGAAAAAAAAACAACGCAACCCUUUGUGGGGAGGCACAGACCCCCCCCCGACCCCCGUAGGGCCAAUUCGCUUCCAGACCCGAAGUCGGCACCCGGAUGAAGGGCGCAGCGGCGGCGACCUGCAGGAGGUGUUCCGAGCGCCGGCCGGCAGCGAAGGACAUGAAGGAAGCGAGCCGUCUCGAAACAAUCAACGCUUUUGCUCUCUGUUCGCUUAUUUGUACAAUCGUGUUUUGUUUUACACCGCUCAUGUUGUGCUCAUUCAAGACGAGCGGAGAAGGCACAAAUUGUGAACGUGUUUGUCACUGCCGUACGGGCGGUGUCAUUUUUGUAAUCGUGAAACCGAACAAAGCCAAGCUGUGGUGGUAACAAGUGCUUGUCGCAAGCACGUGCUGUAAGGGGGUUCAACUGUGAAGACGGCAACAACCAGCAAUGACGGCGGUAAUAUUGAGCCGAGGCUGUAGUUUGUGAAGACAGUAUGAAUUUGCACUAUUAGUCCACAUUCAUGACCGAAAAAAUGACGCGUAAACGAUUCACGAUCAACGCUUCGAUUUUAAGAUUUUUUUUUCAUCUCAUUUGCACCGCGUCACCUGUACCCUCUCAUCAUAUUUGCUAUGUGUUCUGCACCGUCUUUCCGUCUUGUUCAUUCAGACCAGUAGCCGAAUUCAGUCGAUUCAGAGAUAGGCCCCACUGGGCAGUAAAGGUGGCGCAGUGGUCACCCUGGUGCCUUGCGGCAAGAAGGCCCUGGGUUCGAUGCCCGACUCGGGCGCCCUUCUGUGCAGAGUUUGCGAGUUUUCCGCCUGUCUCUGCAUUGGUUUCCUCCGGGUUGUCCGCAACUCCCGUUUACCAAGUUGGCCAAACAUCCCCAAUGAGUCUUUGGACUCAAGUGUGGCUCUCCUGGGUAAAUUGGUAGUAAUUAAUGAAACAAUUAAAAGGAAACACGUAACAUUUUUUGCAAAUGAAAAUAGGUCCAAUUCAGAAUCUUUAAUUAUCCUGGAGGAAUCCGAUGAGCUAGGAAGCUCUUUUUCACACAUAGUGCAGUGCUGUGGCUCACAGAGGUUCGCGCACUGCACAAUGAACCCGGCGACCUGAGUUCAAGUCCCAGCCACGACCAACAUCAGUGGCAAGUGGCAUCCCAACCGGAUCUGCAUCCCCCGCCUUCACUAGCCUGCACUAGUCUGCACUGACCAGUGUGGUGAAGUAUAGUCAAACAACCGCCGUGACAGACACGGCGUGGGGAAGCCUUCAUCGAGCAAUGUAUUGGCAGAGGGCUGUGAAUUAUGAUUUACUUAUUACUCUGUCACCAACGUUUCAACUUUAUAUUGAUGCUAAAUACACACAUCGUGACAUACCUAUGACAUGCUCUCUGUCCAAGGAAGCCAAAGCGGAGGAUUUGAGAGCUUCGAACGGUGGGUAGAAUAGCGCGGUUGGCUACGUACGUGCACGCGUAGAAUUUCGCUUGAAUUUCGCUUGAAUUGUGGAGCAAACGUGACCCCGUGACUUCCCGACACCAAACCACGCGCAUCACCGCCCACACACGGCCCAGUAACGACGCCACGGUGACGAUUAAAGAUAAUUUGCCAAUUUGCGCCGCGCAACGACCGGUGAGACGGUCACGCGGCAACGGGAGAGCGAUUCGCUUCGUCCGCUGGUGCGGCACGUGUGGCGACUCCACCACGUGUGGCGACUCCACGACACGCCGUACACACGCCGCAACGUUCAUGUGCAUACGCAGCGGCGGCCCGCAUCAACUGUUGCACACACACAGACACACACCUGUAGGUCAGUGUGAUGUACGAGUAUAAUAUGAAUGCACACAGUGUUCAUGGAGGUAUUAUUCACCGCUAAGCUUUAUAGACUCCGUGGGGGGUGAUGGUUGAUUAAUCCCCCCUCUCCACCCACGAGAUCCUGAAAAUUGGUAUUCUAUUGACGUUCGCCAGAGAAAAACGUGACAUCUCAGCACCCCCCCCCCCCGCCCCCCCACCUUGGGAAUAAUCUCGAUCCGGCUGGGGGUCGACUGGAGCUUGAACCGCACAGUUGACAGUAGGAGGGGGGUGCACACUCGGAAAUGUAAGAAAUGAAGCGUUUGCCAACACAAACAAAAACAUCGAGCGAUCUUCAACAGCUCCAACAACGCAAGCGGCAAUUGAACGAAGCGCAGCCGAGACGCCGACGGGCAUCUGGGGGCACGGAGCCCCCGAGUCUCGAUACGCCGUGGCGUCUCCAUCGCCACGGCGGACACGGGAAAGUUCCAGGGGCAUGAGAUUCGUCAGAUACGAUCUCCACACUACCGCACGCGCGCGCGCGUGUGCGCGUAUUAGGAACCUCGGUCGCACGACUGUUGAAUUAUAAUUGCACACCUUUAAGGAGACCCCAUAUAUAAAGGGGAGCUAUAGUGCACAUUGCGGUUCUCUAUAUAUCUAUACAGCACAGCACGUUCUCAUGGCGUGGAGAACGUGCAGGAAGACUUAACAGCUUGGUGACCUGAUGCCAUUUAUGGAAGUUCCACAUUCCUAUGACGGGGACAAGUCUAUGCACAGGAUAACUACUGUUGACUCUCCUGCAUCCCUUGAUGCAGCCUCAAGAGGUAGUGCUCAUUUUAUCAACCCCCGGAGGGAUGAUGGUUGUGAUGGGUGUUGAUGGGGCUUGAAAGGACUCUGUAGAGGGCUUCAAACUCAUGAUUUGUCCAGUCAUGUGGACACAUCGAUCAUCGAACAGAUAUUGACAUUUGCGACAGACUGAUGAACAUUCUAGUGAUGUUCUACAAGGCCUAGAAAUCUGACAUUUGGCACAAAUAUAGUCCAAGUCUAUGCUUAGAUCCAGGGAAUUCCAAAAAAGCGAACUUUUCGCACCCAAAAACUACAGCCAAGAAUCAGAUUUCUUUCAGGGUCGCCUAAAUGUCGACAUCGCUUUCGAGUCUAAAUACGUUCUCCGUCAUCGGUUAACAAAGUAAAUGGUCACCCCGAGGAGUGCGAAGACAAAGCCGACCGAGAGCAGGCAUAUCUCGCUACCAGUGAAUAGUUAACAGCACGUGAAGUGUGCACAUCAACUUGCUAAUACUUUCCACUGACGCACUUGCGGUUUGUGUAAAUGUGGAUGUAUAAACGGUUACACGCAGAGAGUACAAAAUACGUAACUCUAUAUAUGCAAAUAUAUACUGCGGAGUGUAUGCUCUAAUCAUGAUCAUGCUUUCAUCCGUGUCUUAAGGAUUGAGGUUUUUGCAAAAAACCUUAGCAACAAAGUGCCAUUAAAACAACUUGUGUGCUUGCAAGA